GAUUUUUGGAUUUCCGCCAUAUUCAAAAACAGUCACGAGCCUCUGUUAUUGUAGUAAGAUUUAUUGUUAUUAUUGAGUUUAAGUAUUUCAGUAAGACGUAGUUAAAAUCCCCCUGGUCCAAGAUAUUUCAAAUGGGGGAAACCGGUGAAGUCCAACUUCCCGUUUCCACUUUAGAGAAACCGAAAAGACAACCGAGCUCCAGGAACUUGAAGAGGAAGUUUUCAGCUGGUGAAGAUGAGUCUCCCCUCGCGAACAACAGCACGAGUCUGAGACGGUCACUGCGAAGAGGAAGCUCCUUCACCUUCCUCACCCCAGGACCACAAUGGGACUUCAGUCUGAAGCGGAAGCGCAGAGAGAAGGAUGACAGCGACGCAGUCAGCCUCUGCAGCUUCGACUUUAAGGAACCCAGCAACAAGCGUGUCCGUCCUCUCGGCAGGGUGACGUCGCUAGCCAACCUCAUCUCUCCGGUGAAGAAUGGGGCCGUCCGGCGCUUCGGCCAAACCAUCCAGGCCUCCUUCCGGGGAGAUGGCAAGUCGCCGGGCGUGCCCCAGAAGCCUUGCAGCAAGGCAGCGGCCCCUACACCGCCCAAAAGGAGGAACAGCAUGCUAUGGUCGGAGACACUAGACGUCCACCAGAAAGGAACUUUCUCUACCAAAGAGAUCAAGCGACAGGAGGCCAUAUUUGAGCUGUCUCGUGGAGAACAGGACCUGAUUGAGGACCUCCAGCUUGCACGCAAGGCGUACCAUGACCCAAUGCUGAAGCUCUCCAUUAUGUCCGAGGAGGAGCUCACUCACAUCUUUGGCAACCUGGAUGCCUACAUCCCUCUGCACGAGGACCUCCUGGGGCAGCUCUCCAAAGCCACAGGGCCAGAUGGGACAGUGGGCCAGAUCGGACAGAUUGUCGUAAGCUGGCUGCCUAGGCUUAACGCCUACAAUGACUACUGCAGCAACCAGCUGGCAGCCAAGGCACUGCUGGACCAGAAGAAACAGGACCGACGGGUGCAGGACUUCCUGCAGCGCUGUCUUGAGUCGCCCUUCAGCAGGAAGCUGGACCUGUGGAGCUUCCUGGACAUCCCACGCUCUCGCCUGGUCAAGUACCCACUGCUGCUCAAAGAGAUUCUGAAACACACUCCACCAGAGCACCCAGACGCUGCCAGUCUGGAGGAAGCGAUCACCAUCAUCCAGGGUGUUCUGUCUGACAUCAACAUGAAGAAGGGAGAGUCUGAGUGCCAGUACUACAUUGACAAGCUGGAGUAUCUGGACGACAGGCAGAGAGACCCUCGCAUCGAGCAGUGCAAGAGCCUGCUGUGUCACGGGGAGCUACGAAACAAAAGCGGCACGAAGCUGCAUGUGUUCCUGUUCACCGAGCUGCUGGUUCUGACCCGCCCCGUCACCAGGAACGAGCGCCACUGUUUCCAGGUUUACCGGCAACCAAUCCCAGUGGAGGAUCUUGUGUUGGAAGACUUGCAGGACGGAGACGUCAGAAUGGGCGGCUCCUUCAGAGGCGCUUUCAGCACCGCAGACAAAGCCAAGAAUAUUUUCCGUGUGCGUUCCCAUGACCCGAGCCAGGCGCAGUCCCACACGCUGCAGGUCAACGAUGUCUUCCACAAGCAGCAGUGGCUCAACUGCCUUCGCAGCGCCAUUUCCGUCCACGGGCCCUUCAGCGAGCCCUCGACACCCUCCCCACCGGCGAGCGAUGCUCGCUCCAAGCGCCGCCCUUCCUCCGUCUCGGCCAUCGUCCACAUGGAGGAAGCAGAUGAGAACUGCCCGCAGCCCACCUCUCAGUCUGCCCCCAGCUCGCCGUGCAACAGCACAACCCCCAGCCCCACCACGACUUCCCCUUCAUCCCACUCUUCCUCCUCAUCUUCUUCGUCGUCGCCGCUCUCCUCGCCCACAUCGCACAAAACCAAAAAGGACAAGAAGUCUCUGUGUUCUUUAGGGAAGAGAAAAGAAACUAUGGUGUGAACUGAGGUGAAAGGAGAAAAUGGACUCCUGGGCAGACAUUUUUUGUACAUAAAUGUUCAAAGGAACGUGGAGCAGCGUGGGACUUGUAUUUAUGUGUGUCUGCGUGUGUGCGUAUUAUUAAAACAGUGUUUUGUGUUACUGUCCUCUUCGGCAGCUAUUUACCAUACCCCUCCAUCCAAGUGCACCCCACAGAGACACAGUAUUCUGGACAGACGUGCAUGGCUUUGUACCAGCUCUACAAAGGGAAGCGUAAUGAGAAGCAAACAAGCAUUUGACACAUUAAUCUGUGUGUCAUGAGUUUGUUGAUUUCUUGAAGAUAGAGGUGGUGCAUUCAAUCCUGUUUACUAUUAAUUUGAUAUUUAAGCAUUAUUUUAGAUCUUAUGGGGGGCUAAUGAAAGUUUUACAUUUUUAUAAUAUAAAAUGUAUUGUAGUGUUUUUUUAGGACUCAUAAAGCAGCACUGUUUUAGCUUUUUGGUGAAGUUAUUUGAAAUUUUGAGCAUGUUUAGCAGGCCGGAAAGGAAGAGAAUUCCCAAAACCUAUGAGAUGUACUACACAAAGCUACAUAUUUCUCUGUAAGAGUCUGAUUUUUAGAUUAAUCAGACGCCGCGUCUUAUUUUUUAUACAUUCCUUUAAUGACAGAUGUUAGGAUUGGGACACUAUUUUAUUUUUUGCAUUUACUGCAUUCAGAGGCAUUAAUUUAAAUCCAGUAACAGAUGAGAUUUCUGUUUCUCUCUGUGAGAACAAAGACAUCACUAUGAAGUGUGUUAGCAAAUCAUCCGAUGUCAAAAUCAUGUCAGAGAAGAGAUGAGUUUUGUUUUGAAACAAAAUUUUGAACUGAGCCAUGUUGGUUUUUGAAAAGCUGACUUUUCAGAAUGAAACAUCACUUUUCAGUGUAGCAUCUUGCAUGGAGCUUUGGUUGUGGACAUUGCUUGCACCAGUAGAGGCAGCAGGACGUAUUGACUUGUCCUGACGGACAGGACAGUUAAACAUGGAAAAGACUGGUUGGUUGAAAAUAAGAGAAUGUUGUUGAAGGCUGAAGACAAAAGAGAAACGAUGGAUAAAGUUGUGUUGGAACUGAAAAAGACUGUCAAUGCAGUAUGUUAAACUUUAUUAACUUUCUGUAUAAGUUGAUAUAUCAGCGAUGGAUGAUAGAUGGUAAAAAUCAAGUGAAUGUAAUCGAUGGAAAAAAGUAUGUAGGGGAAGGGAGACAAAAAAGAAGGAUUUUGUAUGUGUGCAUAAGUUGUUUUUGCUGUUGAGAUGACAAAAGAAAAGUGAGAAGGGCAACUUGCUGGCCACGAACUGUAUGUAAUUAAAAGAACAAUAAAGAUCUGUGUAAGAUUUGCAACUGAA